GUCAAAUACAGAGUUUACCGAUUCUUUGGUCCGUUCCAGUCCACCGGCUCUCCCUCCCGGCACCAAGAUGGCGGCAGAAGCAGCUGGUGGGAAAUACAGAGGCACUGUCAGCAAAAGCAAAGACCCUUCCGGGCUGCUCAUCUCUGUGAUCAGGACUCUGUCUACCAGUGAUGACGUUGAAGACAGAGAAAAUGAGAAGGGUCGCCUUGAAGAAGCCUAUGAGAAGUGUGACCGUGACUUGGAUGAAUUGAUUGUGCAGCACUAUACAGAAUUGACAACAGCGAUUCGCACAUACCAGAGCAUCACAGAGCGCAUUACCAACUCACGAAAUAAAAUAAAGCAGGUAAAAGAAAAUCUGCUUUCAUGUAAGAUGCUGUUGCACUGCAAAAGGGAUGAGCUUCGGAAACUGUGGAUUGAAGGAAUUGAACAUAAGCAUGUUCUGAACCUGCUGGAUGAAAUUGAGAAUAUCAAGCAAGUGCCUCAAAAGUUGGAACAGUGCAUGGCCAGCAAGCAUUAUCUCAGUGCCACCGACAUGCUGGUGUCAGCAGUUGAGUCAUUGGAGGGCCCUCUGCUUCAGGUGGAAGGACUGAGUGACCUUAGGCUGGAGCUUCACAGCAAGAAGAUGAACCUCCACCUGGUUUUGAUAGAUGAACUGCACCGGCACUUGUACAUAAAGUCCACUAGCCGCGUGGUGCAGCGGAACAAGGAAAAAGGGAGGAUGAGCUCCCUUGUGAAAGAUGCUUCACCUGUUCCUCUGAUAGAUGUUACAAACCUUCCUACUCCUCGCAAAUUUCUUGAUACCUCUCAGUAUGCUGCUCCUGGAAGCUCAAGUGUGAGGGAGAUAAACCUGCAGGAGAUCAAGGAGGAUUUGGAAUUGGAUCCAGAGGAGAACAGUAACCUUUUUAUGGGCAUCCUUAUCAAGGGACUGGCCAAGCUGAAGAAGAUCCCAGAGACAGUUAAGGCAAUCAAAGAGCGCUUGGAGCAGGAGCUAAAGCAAAUUGUGAAGAGGUCUACAACUCAGGUGGCAGACAGUGGCUAUCAGAGGGGAGAGAACCUCACUGCAGAGAACCAGCCAAGGUUACUUCUAGAACUGCUGGAGUUGCUGUUUGACAAGUUUAACGCUGUAGCCACUGCACACUCUGUGGUCCUGGGAUAUCUGCAGCAGACUGUUGUGCCUGCAUUGACUCAACAGGAAGAUAUUAAAUUGUAUGAUAUGGCAGAUGUAUGGGUGAAGAUCCAAGAUGUCCUGCAGAUGCUUUUGACGGAGUACUUGGAUAUGAAAAAUACCCGUACGGCUUCUGAACCAUCAGCUCAACUAAGUUAUGCCAGCACUGGACGAGAGUUUGCAGCUUUUUUUGCCAAGAAGAAACCUCAGAGACCAAAAAACUCUCUUUUCAAGUUCGAAUCGUCCUCACAUGCCAUCAGUAUGAGUGCAUAUUUGCGAGAACAGAGAAGGGAGCUCUAUAGUCGGAGCGGAGAACUUCAAGGAGGACCUGAUGACAACUUAAUUGAAGGUGGAGGAACAAAAUUUGUCUGCAAACCUGGAGCCAGAAACAUUACCGUCAUAUUCCAUCCAUUACUAAGAUUUAUUCAGGAGAUUGAGCAUGCCCUAGGACUUGGCCCAGCCAAACAGUGUCCUCUUCGAGAGUUUCUCACCGUGUACAUCAAAAACAUCUUCCUCAAUCAGGUCUUGGCUGAGAUCAACAAGGAGAUUGAAGGAGUCACUAAGACAUCUGACCCUUUGAAGAUCCUGGCCAAUGCGGACACCAUGAAGGUGCUGGGGGUGCAGCGGCCUCUCCUACAGAGCACAAUCAUUGUGGAGAAGACAGUGCAAGACCUCAUGAACCUGAUGCACGACUUGAGUGCGUAUUCUGAUCAGUUCCUCAAUAUGGUGUGUGUGAAGCUCCAGGAAUACAAGGACACCUGCACUGCAGCCUACAGGGGCAUUGUCCAGUCAGAAGAAAAACUUGUCAUCAGUGCAUCUUGGGCAAAGGAUGAUGAUAUCAGCAGACUCUUGAAAUCCCUACCAAAUUGGAUUAAUAUGGCUCAACCCAAACAGCUGAGGCCAAAGAGAGAAGAGGAAGAAGAUUUCAUAAGGGCAGCCUUUGGCAAGGAGUCUGAAGUUCUUAUUGGGAACCUGGGUGAUAAAUUAAUCCCUCCACAAGAUAUCCUACGUGAUGUCAGCGACCUCAAAGCCUUGGCCAACAUGCAUGAAAGCCUGGAAUGGUUGGCAAGUCGAACAAAGUCAGCUUUCUCCAACCUGUCUACAUCCCAGAUGCUGUCUCCCGGUCAAGAGAGCCACAUGAACAUGGAUCUCCCACCAGUGUCAGAGCAGAUCAUGCAGACUCUGAGUGAACUUGCCAGAUCUUUUCAGGAUAUGGCGGACCGCUGCCUGCUGGUCUUACAUCUGGAAGUCAGAGUUCACUGUUUCCACUAUCUCAUCCCUCUUGCAAAGGAGGGGAACUAUGCGAUUGUUGCUAAUGUGGAAAGUAUGGAUUAUGACCCUCUGGUGGUCAAACUCAACAAAGACAUCAGUGCCAUUGAAGAGGCCAUGAGUGCCAGCCUUCAGCAGCACAAGUUCCAGUAUAUCUUUGAAGGCCUGGGACACCUGAUCUCCUGCAUCCUCAUUAAUGGUGCCCAAUACUUCAGGCGCAUCAGUGAAUCUGGCAUCAAGAAAAUGUGUAGGAACAUUUUUGUUCUUCAGCAGAACUUGACCAACAUCACCAUGUCACGGGAGGCAGACUUGGACUUUGCAAGGCAAUACUACGAGAUGCUGUACAACACAGCAGACGAGCUCCUGAACCUGGUGGUGGACCAGGGCGUGAAGUACACGGAGCUGGAGUACAUCCAUGCCCUGACCUUGCUGCACCGCAGUCAGACGGGGGUCGGAGACCAGACCACCCAGAACAUGAGGCUGCAGCGGCUGAAGGAGAUCAUCUGCGAGCAGGCUGCCAUCAAGCAAGCCACCAAGGACAAGAAGAUAACCACCGUUUAAUCGGUGGCAGUGUGUGCGGGAAUGGUCAUUUCCAUUUCCUUAUUCAUACUUGCUUCUUUCUUUGGUAUGUUAUUUGGUAUAUUCUGAGCUGACGGUUUUUUUCUCUACAUUAGUGCUUUAGUAUAGAGAAGGGGUAAGGAUUUUUUUCUUUUUCAUUUUGGCUUGUCAUAUAAACCCUACAGGGAAGUUUGGAGUACAGAAUAUUUUAACAUCUACUCUGAUGCAGUAAAUUCCAAAGGGAUUAGGGUGGGAUGGGAAGAAAAGUUGUGCCCAAUUGUUGGACUCUGAAAAAUGAAUGAAUGAAUUACUAACAUGUUAUGUUUAUUGCCUAACAUAUAUAAAAUUCCAAUCUGCUGCCCAAGUUUUAAUUCCUUCCUAAAACCUCUUAAUAUGAUUCCGUUACAUAAACAAUAGGAUUUUUACUCUCUGGACCUCAUCAGUUUAUAGUCCAAUGAAAUAAGUGUAUGUGCAUUGCUUUUUGUCUCUAUUGCCAAGAUUGAAUAAAUGCCUUCUCAGCUGGCUGUAGUUUUCAACAAAUUUCCCUAACCAAGAAAACAGGACCUCUUCAGGGCUAGAAAAAACAGUCCUUUUAUCCCAAUCCCUAGGAUAAUUUUGUCUGCUGUAUCUUGUAUAUAGGUAAUAGGUUGGUUUAUUGCCUUUCACUUUUCUUUCUGCUGUAUCAAAACCAAGGGCCAUUAAAUUAGUUAAAAAAACAAAAAAGGAAAAUAAAAGGUGAUUCAGCCCUCUGCUUUAUUUUCCCCCUCUACUUUCCAAGAGAAAAUGAUUGUUAAAGAACUUUUAAUCUCAUUUGAAACACUGUGAGUUAAAUGAUUCUUAGAUGCUCACCUGUUCUUCUUAUGAGUCUCAUCUUAGAAAGUAGCCCAGGUUUGCUCAGCUGACUGCAAGGGUGAUGGAAGGGCCUGUGACAUUUCACUCUGUGCAGACCCCAUCUGGGACCAUUUCUGAAAUGCUAUCCAGUGAUGUUGGUGGCACUGUCUGCUCUCCCGGCAUGCUGUACCUCACCACUCUCCCCAGAUCUCCAAGUGCUCUUGCUGCCAUGCUUGACUUGUCACCAAUAGGCUGACCAGGCUGCUUCUUGAAAACAUGGAAAGGAGAGAGAAAGGACUUUAACUGCAUACAGUGAUGCCUCAUGCCCUUAUGGUCUGUAAUUUUAUCCCCCUCUGUACAACUUUAGUCUUGGUGGGAAAAAGAGAAAAUUAAAAAAUGUGUUGAGAAGCUUGAA